CUAAUAUUGUGGGUAGAUGUCACUCUGGGGUGAUGCGGAGUCGUCCGAAGGGACCUGAAGAAAAAGACCUUUGGGUAUAAGGAAGUUGAGCGCAUGCUCAGUGGCUGCGCUCCUUCCACUCUGUUCUGUGCGAUGUCUCCGGUGCAUUCCAAACUCGAAUCGGGGCCACUGCCGCAGAAGUUGCUUGCGCGUUACUUGAUCCUUCUGCGCCUCUACCCGGUGCUCACUAAAGCCGUGUCCAGUGCCCUUCUGUCAGCUCUCGGGAGCCUGCUGUCUCAGAUCAUCGAGCAGAGUCGGAAAAAGAAAGACCCUUCGAAAAGUUUUGACUUGGGCGAGCCUUUGAGAUUUGCCAUCUAUGGGUUCUUGUUCACAGGGCCACUGAGCCACUACUUCUACCUGUACUUGGACCAGCUGUUUCCACCAGAUGUGCCUUUUUCCACAGUCAAGAGACUCUUUCUAGACCGGGUCAUUGUUGCCCCAGCCUUCCUUUUGCUCUUUUUCUUUGUCAUGAACCUGCUGGAGGGGAAAGACACUUCAGCUUUCACGAAGAGGAUAAAUUCUGGUUAUUGGCGGGCCCUGAAAAUGAACUGGAAAAUGUGGACACCAAUCCAGUUUAUUAAUGUCAAAUAUGUUCCUGUGCAGUUCCGAGUGCUGUUUGGGAACCUGGUGGCCCUCUUCUGGUUCGCCUAUCUGGCCUCUGUCAAGAAGUGACUGUGUGCGAGUUUGGGGCCAGCAGUCCCCCCCUGGUGGAGAAACCCGACCUUUGCACUUGGUGGGAGGAGGAAAGAUGGAUCUGCCCUGCAAGGAACGGUUGCUGCUGCACUCAAGGAGUUCUGUGACUAUUUUCUACCCGUUGUGAUCCAAGCCGCUGCUUUCUUCACACACUUUCUGGAGCCUGGUGAAAGGGCAAGCUCCUUUUGAGUUAGGAUUCUCACCAUGUUUAUUGUCCCAACAAUCACACGUAACUCUGCUCUAAAUGUUUUUUCAUUUAUUUUAAUGUUGUUUCUAAUUUUUUAGCUGAGACAACAAAAGGCAAUAACACUUUUAAAAAAUGGUGCUUAAUAAAACUGGUGAAACUGUGUCCUGGGAGUGGGGAAAACCACUCAAGCCUUUAAAAAAAAGAUUUUGAACACUAAAAAGAAAUAAAAUUUUAAAAAAUCUUUUAAA